GAAGGAGGGACGAGAAGGGAAUGGAAGAAAAGUCAGGUCAUUGUGUUCUCUUGGCUCUCAUUUUGAAUGUCUCUCUUUUCCAAUUUGUCGUUCACAGUGGAUUAAACUUCAUUGACUUGAUGGUACGACAAGGGAACAUCGAUAACCCUCCUAAGACUCCCCUGGUGCCAGGAUUUGAGUGUUCUGGGAUCGUGGAAGCUCUGGGGGACAGCGUGAAAGGAUACGAGAUCGGGGACCGUGUCAUGGCAUUUGUCAAUUACAAUGCCUGGGCAGAGGUGGUCUGCACGCCAGUGGAAUUUGUCUACAAGAUCCCAGAUGACAUGAGCUUCUCAGAGGCUGCCGCAUUCCCCAUGAACUUCGUCACAGCCUAUAUGAUGCUCUUCGAAGUUGCCAACCUCCGAGAAGGAAUGUCCGUGCUGGUGCACUCAGCUGGCGGUGGUGUGGUAAGUUGGCUGGUUGCGUGUCCUCUUCCUCAGUAUCGUUAUGGUGAAGGUGGACUGAUACCCAGUUGACAGUGAGGUUCUUAUGUGAACUAUUGUCCAUCAGUAGGGAUGAUCUCUGUGGUUCUGGAUGAAGCACAUAUGCAUGGCUCAUAUAGAUGACUGCGCUGGGGGUAGAAUGA